AUGUCGUCCAGAAGGUCAGCGCGACUCAGUGCAGCUUCUCUUCAGGUCAAGGAGAGUUCUGUUCCUGAAAAGCCGUCGAAGAAGGUUAAUACCUCAAGGAAACGGAAGAAUACUGGAGCAGAGGCAGUGCCAUCUUCAGAUGAUCAGACUUCGGGCCCAUCAACUCCAAAGAGAAAGCGAGCAACACUGCCUGUUCCACCUCCUAUGACUCCAACCCCGUCAGCAAUAGGAUUAUUAGCUGCACCCGUGACUUCAAGAGAUAUGGCACCACCGCCCAUCAAUCGUCUUGCGUUUCCGAACGGCACCAACGCAACGCUUGUCACGCCUGAAACCCACCGAGUUCUUGCCAAUAAGCCUGUUGAUCAGGUAUCUCCAUCCAAAACGUCCAAGGUCAAGACGACAAGCGAGAAUAUUCUUGACGAAGGCGUCGCGCACCUAAUUAAAGUCGAGCCGAAGUUGAAGCUGGUGAUUGAAAAGCAUCCAUGUCACAUGUUUUCUCCUGAAGGUCUAGCUGAGGAAAUCGAUCCGUUUAUGAGCUUAACCAGUGGAAUUAUCUCCCAGCAGGUCUCUGGGGCUGCAGCGAAAAGCAUAAAAGCUAAAUUUGUUGCACUUUUCAACACCAACGAGCCAGACGUUGCUCUUCACAAGUUUCCCACUCCUUCCCAAGUUUGCUCUAGCAAGAUAGAAAUACUCAGAACGGCUGGCCUCUCCCAACGAAAAGCCGAGUAUGUUCUUGGUCUAGCAGAAAAGUUUCAUAAAGGCGAGCUCACUACCGCUAUGCUCUUCACAGCCUCGUACGAAGAAGUUCUAGAGGAGUUGAUCAAAGUUCGUGGACUGGGAAAGUGGAGUGUUGAGAUGUUUGCCUGCUUCGGUCUCAAGCGAAUGGAUGUUUUCUCGACAGGCGAUCUAGGUGUCCAACGAGGUAUGGCUGUGUUGGCGGGGAGGAAUGUUAGCAAGUUGAAGGCUAGCAAGGCUGGUAAAUGGAAGUAUAUGGGGGAGAAGGAAAUGGAAGAAAUGGCCGAGAAGUUCAGACCAUAUAGGAGUCUACUCAUGUAUUACUCGUGGAGAGUGGAAGAUGUUGAUAUCAGUUCUUUGGGCAGCUAA